UUAAUAUCAGACACGUAGUGGCCUGGGGCUAGAAAUGGCUCUGCUAACGCUACCACUUUACCCUUGCUCUAAGACGCGCUCUUCGUUAUCGCCGUCGCAGCAGGCGACCCUGACUAGCAAAAUCUCCGGAGCUCUAGCGCAAGCUCUGACACUACCUUAUGAGAAGCGUGAUGUGCGUAGCAUCCUUGCAUUUAUCUCGUCCUACACCAAAGACCACGCCCAAGUUACACUGGAGUCUCUCAUCUGGGACCCGGAACACGCCAGCAAGAGCUCAUUAGCAGGCAUGUCCCAGACCGAGAAGGGCAUACAUCAGCGCGUGCUGUUACUUUCUGAGAAGCUCUCUGCAGAGCUCGACCUCCAGACUGUUGUCGAUCUGUGCGUUGUCUACGCGCGGGGGCAUACCAAACGCGUCCAUACAUUGCUCGCUUCCAUCGCCAUGGCAUCGCCCAGUUUCCUUCGCCUUCUAGAGACCGACGCUAUUCCAGCGUUUACGACCCUCUUGGGCUUGCCAUCACAGGGCCUGUACGGCCUGCGCAAGAUUGCACACAUCCUCUGCUCCCUACUCAAACCCGCGCCAGCCGAAGUCGCACGCCCCUUCGCUCGCAGCAGACAAUUUAUGCUUGCACUUGUGCAGGCGUACGACGACGGUCUGGCCGGUCUCGCACGCUCCUACGGCGGCCUCAGCGCCGCACGGCUUCAGGCGCCCGAGACGCCGCUGGACGACUGGGAACGCAUCUUCCUCGAAAGCAAGGUCGCACUCGUAGAUACCGCCCACGUCCUUCUGCGCACACUCCUCGGCGACGUUGCUGCUGCGCCGGGUUCAGGGCCUGCACUCGCUGAGGCGUGCACACCUGCGUUCGAGGUGCUCGACGCGCUGGUCGCCCUAGUCCCAAGCCGUGGCCCCACAGAAGAACCCAUACCGUUCCUGAACCGCUCGCUCAUCGAGGACUGUCAAGCCGCGUACGACCUCCGCGCAGUGCUCAAAGGCGCAACUCGGACCGCGAACGACCCGCAUACGCAGCGCCUUGAACGCGCUCUUGCAGACCUCAAUACACGCGAAGAUGGGCCCGGGGCACUGCGUCUGCUUCUGCGGUCAUCUGGCGCGAUGCCCGGCAUUGACACACGCGGCGCAGGUCCCGCGAAAGAUAAAGGCAAGGCCCGCGCCGCUGCGACCGACCAGCCAGACAAUCACCCUGCACUCGCCGCGGCGGUCGCACAGGUGCUCGAUAUUCUUCCCGAACAAGAUCCAGCCUACAUUCGCUACGUGCUGCAGCACCCGGACUUCCCAUACCGUGGCGACGCGGAGCGGCUCAUCGGUGCGCUGCUCGAGGGAACGGCGCCUGUCGUGAACGAUGCUCAGUAUACUGGGGGCGUUCUUACGCAGGAGCAGGGGCAGCUGGUACGGCAGCAAGAGCACUUCGAGUACACGAAGCAGAGAAUGAACGUGUUUGACAACGAGAAGCUCGACGUUUCUAAACUUCGGAUCGGCAAGAAACAGGAGAACACGUCCGCCGUCCUCCAGGACCGCGCGUUCCUUGAACAGAUGAAAGCCGACAUUCUGCGCCGCGCCGAAGAGAUGGCUGGUUCUGGGGAGGAAGAAGACAACACAGUACCAAGUGGGAAAGGCAAGGGAAUCGACAUCGCGGUCCUCGAGGAACUUGAUGAUCUGGACGACCUCGGCGGCAUCAAGGUCCGGGAUGGUGAGCCCAGCGACGACGAGAGUAGCGAAACGGAUGGCGACGACAAUGACGUAAGGCUCCGUCUUC